CCACCCCAGAGAUACACCAUCGCCCCAUCCACCAUGUCGACGGUCAAGCGCAAGAACCGUGUCGAUAUCGGCGACAUGAACAAACCUUCUAAGAUGUCCAGGGUCUCUCUAGACAGCGAAGAACCUCCCGUCGUGAACCCAUUGACCGGUGCGUUGUACAGCAACAAGUUCAAGAGUCUGUACGCGAAAAGGCGGACGCUGCCUGUGUACCAAUUCCUCAAGGAGAUUCAAGACGAUGUGCGCAAGAACCAGGUCGUAGUCGUCGAAGGCGAAACGGGCAGUGGGAAAACGACUCAAAUCCCGCAGUUCUUGGUGCAAGCAGGUUACACAGACAAUGGCAAGAUCGUCGCGUGUACGCAGCCUCGUCGUGUGGCUGCAAUGAGCAUUGCGAAGCGCGUGUCCGAAGAAAUGGAUGUCGUUCUAGGCCAAGAAGUCGGGUACACGAUCCGUUUUGAAGACGUAACGAGCGAAAAGACGUUGUUGCGAUUCAUGACGGACGGUAUGCUGCUCCAACACGCGAUGAACGACCCGCUCCUGUCCAAGUAUUCAGUCAUCAUCCUCGACGAAGCGCACGACCGUACGUUGAGCACCGAUAUUUUGAUGGGUCUGCUCAAAGAGGUGCUUCUCAAACGGUCCGACUUGAAAGUCGUCGUGAUGAGUGCCACGCUGGACGCGCUCAAAUUUCAAACGUACUUUGACAACGCCCCGCUCGUGCGCGUACCAGGUCGCAUGCAUCACGUCGACGUAUUCUACACGCCCGAGCCCCAACGCGACUACGUGGAAGCUGCCGUUCGCACGGCCGUGCAGAUCCAUUUGUGCGAGCCAGAAGGUGACAUUUUGCUCUUUUUAACCGGCCAAGAAGAGAUCGACACAUGCGUCCGGCAGAUCGCUGCCGAGUGCCACGCCCUGGAUCAAAAGAAGGUCGGUCCGGUCGAUGUCUAUCCGCUGUACUCGACCCUGCCGCCGGCGCAACAGCAAAAGAUAUUCAACUCGGCGCCUGGGCCGGCCUUCCCCGGCGGCCCACCCGGCCGAAAGAUUGUCGUCGCGACCAACAUUGCCGAAACCAGUUUGACCAUUGACGGGAUUGUGUACGUGAUUGAUCCUGGCUUUUCCAAGCAAAAGGUAUACAACCCCCGCAUCCGCAUCUCGUCGUUGUUGGUGUCGCCGAUCUCGCGCGCGUCAGCGCAACAGCGCGCCGGCCGUGCCGGUCGUACACGCGCGGGCAAGUGCUUCCGACUGUACACCGAACGUGCCUUCAAAACCGACUUGCAAGAACAGACGUACCCCGAGAUUUUGUGCUCCGAAAUGAGCUCUGUCGUCCUGACGCUCAAGAAACUCGGGAUCGACGACUUGGUCCAUUUCGACUUUAUGGACCCGCCCGCGCCCGAAACCCUCAUGCGGGCGCUGGAGAUGCUAAACUACCUGGGCGCGCUGGACGACGAAGGCGAUCUCACCGAGCUCGGCGCCCAAAUGGCCAUGCUUCCCGUGGAGCCGCAACUUGCCAAGAUGCUCUUGACCUCUGGCACGUACAACUGCGUCGCCGAAGUCACCACGAUCGCGGCCAUGUUGACGAGCGGGUCGGAACCAUUCGUGCGCCCGAAAGCGGAAGGCAAGGCGGCCGACGAAGCCAAGGCCCAGUUUGCGCACAUCGACGGCGAUCACUGCACCUUGCUCAAUGUCUUCCAUGCGUACAAGCUGAACAACGAGGACAAAAACUGGACGUACGAAAACUACCUCAACUUCCGCGCGCUUCAGUCCGCGAGCAACGUCCGCGAGCAACUCCUGCGCAACCUGCAACGUCUCGGUCUCCAAGCCCGGGCGGGCGAAAUGAACAAUCCCGACUACUACGACAACAUCCGCAAGUGCAUCACGGCGGGGUUCUUCAUGCAAGUGGCGCACAAGCGAAGCACAGGCGGGUACCUCACGGUCAAGGACAACCAGGAAGUGCACUUGCACCCGAGCUGCGUCCUCGACGAUAAGCCCGAGUGGGUGUUGUACAACGAAUUCGUCCUCACGAGCAAAAACUACAUCCGGCUAAACACGCGCAUCAAAGGCGAAUGGCUCGUCGAACUGGCGCCGCACUAUUACGACUUGGAGAACUUCCCGCCGUGCGAGGCCAAGAAGGAGCUCGAGGCGCUGUACCGCCGCCUGUACGCCAAGCUGCGCAAGUAGGGCAUUGUUUCGUCACUAUAAUGUUACACCCCCAUCGGGCUGACUGUGUUGUCGCUUUGCUGCGAUCGCAGAAACAUGGCGAUUUGCUCCUGGCUGAACUCGCGCAUCCGCGCGUUGAUCGCGUACACUUCGGCGCGAUGACGCUGCUGCUUGUUCUGUUGUGCUUCGUCUUGGUCCGCCUUCGCGUUCCUGGGUUGCUGCUGUCUGUAGAUGUCUUUACUUUUCGUGGAGGUAACCGCAGGAUCCCCAGGCCGCGUCGGUGCUCCGUUGUCGGCCACGGUGAUUUUGCUCAUCGUUUGGUGGCGCCGCUGUCGAGGCAGCGAGCGGACCUUGUCUUGACUCCGAGAGACUGUUGCCGAGUGGGUCAUUCUGGUCUUUCCUCGCCCUCCUUCCGUCAUCACCUGUGGAAGCCUCACGGGCAAGUUCUACAGAGCACGUGGCGGAUGGGCGCCUCGCAUUUUCCGAUCGCGCUGUUGAAGUAAGGUACUGUACCGGCAACUUGUCAGCCACUGGCUUUUGCAAGUCCCCGCUUGCAGUGGGAUCUUCCUGCUCCAACCCAGACCAUUUGGUCGGUGAGCUGCGCGCAACCGCGCUCGCCGCGUCAUGUGCCACGGGCAUGCUCAUCAUGGCACGUCAGGUGGUCGGUCGAUCGGCCGCGUGACUUGACGACGGA